CAUGAAUUUUGCAGGCUUAUCUUCUUGAUUCCAAAACUUCCUUGCUUCUUAUUAACAGUAACAACAUCCCAUUUCACUAGAUUAUUGCCUUUGUUUUCCUUUUUGCCAUUCCAUAGAAAGUUCUUCUAAGUUGAUUGAUUUUCUUCACAACACUUUUAGGGAUGGCAAAAUAAACUCAUCAUGUAGGAGUGAAAGGAAUCCAGCACUGACUUACAAGUGUUAGUCUUCCUCCUAAAGACAAAUAUUGGCUUUUCCAUCAUGCCAAUCUUUUGUCACACCUCUCCAGAACUUCACUCCAGAUCUCAUGUUUUUUAUCUUAGCACCCUAAGGAAGACCAAGCUCUUUUGCCAAUUAACAUGUAGACCAGAUAUGCCUUCAAAAUGGUAAGAAUGGCCCUGAUCUGUCGUAUUUAAGAAAUGUCAGCUUCACAAAAGAUGAGGCAGUCAUAUACAUAUAUAGCAAGUGGAUAGUCCCAUUACAUUAUCUCUAAUGCCUUGAGUUUGAGCCUGGAAAUCCCUCAACCAACCAUUUGUGUUUGACCUCCUGGCAUGUGGUUCAGUCCCUCAAAGGUUAAGAUAAGCAAAAAGGAAGAUAAGGGGUCCCUUUGCCUCAAUCCUCUUUGGCACUGUAAAAAUCCUUCAUUGUUGCCAUUAAUGAUUAGAGAAAACUCCACACUAGGUAUACAAAACCUUAGCCAGGUGAUCAAUUUCCUCCCAAAUCUCAUAUCUUGCAGUACUUUAAAUAAAUUUCCAAUUGCCAUGAUAAGAGGUUUUAUCACUGUCAUGUUUGCAAAGAAUCCUUGGAACCUUUUGCUUCACCCAAGAUCCACCAAUUCAUUUGCUAAGAGUGAGGCAUCUGUAAUUUGUCUACCCUUCAAGAAUGCCAUCUGAUGUGCAUGUACCAGCUUCCCCACAACAGACUUUAACUUUUUUGUGAUGAAUUUGGAGAUUAUCUUGUAGACACCUCCAAUCAAAUAUAUCGGUCUAAAAUAUUUUAGCUCUUCUGCACCCGCCUUCUUUGGUAUUAAUACUAUGAAUGUAGAAUUAAAGGAUUUUUUCAAACAUCUACUUCUGAUGGAAAUUUUGAAUAGUCCCCAUCAGGUCAUCCUUUAAAAUUUCCCAACAGACUUUAAUGAAACUCAUUCUGAAACCAUUAGGCCCAGGAGCUUUGUGUGUAUCUGUUUAUAAUACGUGUGAUGGCAGUUCUUCCUUGGAAUAUGUGUCUAUUUGUUUUGUGUUCUUUUGCAAAUUUAAUGUGAGUAUUUGUUCUUUUUUAAUACAUUCUUUAAUCCUCUGUUGGUGAUAAACACACAUGUUCCUCACCUUCUGUUCCCUUCCUCCCCCCCUCCCCAAACCAAAUCAUUCUUAGUAUCUUUAAAUAAAGUGUCCAUGAGUUUUUUUUCCAUAUCCUAUUUAAUUAGUUGAUGCAGAAGCACACACGUUUUUCCUAAUACUGUAUAACUUUUAUUCCAUGAUUGAGGUGUGCUAUUUUCAGUUAGUGACAUGAAGGUGCAGUAUUAAUUAGCAAUGGGCCUUAUCCAUUUGGUAUUAGGUUGGGAAACUAGCUUCUGUUGAUUGGUUUAUAGCAUACAACUUUUCAUAUAUCUGGUUAAACUUUGCCUCGUGAUAUAAUGGGAUUUGUUUCCAGUUAGAUUUACUAUUGUAACGUUAGCUUAUUUUUCCAUCUGACAGAUUAUAUGUUUACCUUUCUUUUUUUCUGGUGGGUUAGAAUAGAUUGCUUGUAAAUAAUUUGCAUUGAUUUACAUUGGUAAUUUUGCGUUCUUAUGUAUGACACCAAGUGUUUCCUUUCUUUCUUUAUUCGUUAGAAGGGAUCUAUUGUUCUUUGCUAUGUCAAAUUCAAAAGGACCGUCUAGCAUGAGAAAUAUGAUGUACAAUGGAAAGAGCUCUUUACUGCCUCCUAAAAGUCCAUUUCCUAGCAUAUCUCCUUCAUAUGUAGAUUUUUUCCCUAGUUCUGCUUUCAACCAAAAGGACAAUUCAAAAUCCAGAGAUGGUUUCACCCCAUCAGCGUACGUCUUCUGAAAGUUGUCUUAUAGAGGAGGAACCAUCUUGGUUAGAUGAUCUUCUUAACGAUCCGGAAACUCCUGUACGCAGAGGUGGCCAUCGACGUUCAUCUAGUGACUCCUUUACAUGUUUUGAUGCUUCUAACAUUGCAAACUUAGAUUACAUAGCUCAAGAUGAUAACAAAUUCAGAAAUUUAACUCAUGCCCCUUCCUGGGGAUCCCAAGACUUUGAUUAUUACCAAAAUGCUCGGCAUGCAACAUUUCAUGUUGAUCAAAAUUCCUCAAACCGAUCGAAAAGUAAGGCAAGGGAUGUAUCUCCAAAUGCAAUACCACAUCCCCGUGGCCUUUCCCCUUUUAGAGAAAAUGUGAAGACUCACAGCUUGGGACCAUCAUGUCCUCCACAAGAAGGAGAGAGGCCGAAAUAUGCAGGAAGUGAUCAGCAAGAUUUAGUUGAAUCUAUCCCUCCUGAUCCAAAGGGAUCUGGUGAAAGAAAUCUGCACCUGAAACUGACACGAAACGUGCAAAGUAGCAAGUGUAACUAGCUCAGAUGCCCUAAAGGAAAUAGUUGUAAAGUACUUUGUAUAGUUUUUGUAUAUUGAAAUUUGCAAGAAAUCAUAGUUCCUGUAGCAGCAGUAAUUCAUAGAAUUCUUAGUUUCUGUUUAUGGUAUGUUUCUUUGUUUA